AUGGACGACCCGCGCUUCCGAUCCCAACAAACAUCCCGUAACGAGCCCACGAUGAAUUCGCUUGUUUCACCUCCGCGGAACGGCAACCGCAUGUCCCAGCCUGUUCAGGCUCACGAUGGGCGCGGUGCUCUGCCUCGCCGCUUCACCACCGACUCGGGGCGUGUACCAACAUUGUCUUCAAUUACCGGCCAGCGUGGCGGCCCUGAUAUGGGCAACGAUUAUAACCUUGAAAAGAAGAAACUCGAAUACGAGAGGAUCCGCGAGCAAAGACGCCGGUUUGAACUGGAGAUGCAGAAGCUGGAGCAGGUACAGCGACGCGAAGAGAUGGAGCUCGCCAAGAUGCAGGACGACCUGCGCCAGGGUCACCAGUCGGAGCCCACGACGCCUCCCGAAUACCACGAGUCUUCCGGCUUCCCUACGAUGUUCUCCCGGCCGAACCGUUACUCAACCUCGAGCCUGACGUCGCCCCCGGGCUUGUUCAACCGUCCCGGCCGCUCGGGAUCGCAGCUCACGUCUCCUCAGUCGACCAUGAUGCAAUCGCGCUUCAACUUCGACGAACAUCUUCCAUCUCGAUCCGUCCCCGGCUCCCGAAGAAACAGCGAUGAAGACGAGAAGGAGGAGGCGGUUCGCCAGGACCCGACUAGCCAUCGGUCCUCCAAUGCCUACAACCGGUAUUCUAUGCCGGUGACCAGGUCCCGAACUGGAUUGUACGGUUCCGACCUCGACCAAACCGGCACCGCUCGCUUCCUCUUUGGCGAAGAAGACGCUUCUGGCGAGCAUAAGUACGGACAGGGCAACGACGACAACUUCCCUACUUUGGUGCGUCGCGACGAUCAGAUGCUUUCUGCAUCCUCCGCUGCCCUUGACCUUGCCCUCUCUCCUUCGCCUGCCCCCGACGCGCCUACCACCACCACCACUACCAAAGGUUGGGGCCAUAUUAACCGUCACCGAACUCAACAGAGUCUGUCUGCUAUCAACACUUCUGCGCUCAACGGAGCUGCUUCAUCUGGCGAUAUCGGCAACAACAGAGCCUCCGUUCGCCAUUCGCUCGACCUCAAGUUCUUUCCCGACGCACCUUCCGAUAACCAGAACUCCGUUGUUUCGCCUACCAACCACAUCAUGGCCACUCCUCCCAAGUUGCAGAGCUCCUUCUCUGCUAACGACGUGCCUACCGUCAAGACCGCGAACAACGCUGCCGUGACCAAUAAUCACGCCCAGCAGCACUUCCACAACCACAAUGCCAGCAUUGGUCGUAUCCCUGCUGGUGCUGUCCCCGGCCGUCAUAGCCGUGAGCUCUCCAACGACAACAGCAUGGCUGGUGUCCGCGAGCAGGCUGGUUCUUUCCCCUCCAUCCAGUCCGCUCUGCAGGCCAACGCUGCUCCUUUCGGCCCUGGCGCUCCGGGCCAGGGCUUCCCUCACCACUCUCAGGGCAACCCGACUCCCAACCAGGUGGCUACUGCUGGCCCCGCCGGUCCCAACAACGCGUACGGCAACUUCUACCCGAAUGGCUAUGUCUCUCCUUCCAACACUGGGCCUCCUACCUCUGGUCCUGCUGGUCCUGGUGGUCCUGGUGGUCACGGUGGUCACGGUGGUCACGGUGGUCACGGCGGUCACGGCGGUCCUGGACCUUACGGCAUGCCGCUUCUGGCCAUGGGCAUGCAGAACAUGAACCUGGGCGGCAACAACAUGUAUCCUGCCCAGAACUACUCUGGUUAUGGGGCGCUUUACAACCCGCAGCCCCAGCCUCGCGACAGCCAGGCUCGUGUCAUUCAGCACCGCCGCCAGAUGGACAACGAAGCUAUGUCGCGCUACAACGGCCUCGCCCUUGAGACUGUGGGCGGUCAAAUCUAUGAUCUCUGCAAGGACCAACACGGUUGUCGCUAUCUGCAAAAGAAGCUCGAGGAGCGCAACCCCGAACAGGUCCACAUGAUCUGGCUCGAGACCAACCAGCAUGUCACGGAGCUCAUGACCGACCCAUUUGGCAACUACUUGUGCCAAAAGCUCUUGGAGUACUGCAACGAUGAUGAGCGCACCGUCCUUAUCCAGAACGCUGCCAACGACAUGGUUCGCAUUGCUCUUAACCAGCACGGCACUCGUGCCCUGCAGAAGAUGAUUGAAUUCGUCACCACUCCCACCCAGAUCGAGAUGAUCAUCAAUGCCCUGCGCUUCCAGGUUGUUGAGCUCAUCCAGGAUCUCAACGGCAACCACGUCAUCCAGAAGUGUCUUAACAAGCUCAGUGCGCAGGAUGCGCAGUUCAUCUUUGAUGCCGUCGGUACCAACUGCGUCGACGUAGGCACUCACCGCCACGGCUGCUGUGUUCUCCAACGCUGCAUUGAUCAUGCAUCCGGUGAUCAAAAGGUUUGGCUGAUCGCCAAGAUCACCGACCACGCUCCGAUUUUGGUCCAGGACCCCUUCGGCAACUACGUCGUUCAGUACAUCAUUGACCUCAAUGAGCCCUCCUUCACUGAGCCCAUCGUGCGCAUGUUCCAGAAUCGCAUUGGCCAGCUUUCUCGUCACAAGUUCAGCUCCAACGUCAUCGAGAAGUGUCUGCGCUGCUCUCAGGAGCCUUCCCGCGACAUGAUUGUCGAAGAGCUCCUUUCUCCUGGCGAGAUAGAGCGUCUCCUCCGCGACUCUUAUGCCAACUACGUUAUCCAGACAGCGCUCGAGUACGCGACUCCCCACAGCAAGUUCCGCCUGGUUGACGCUAUCCGACCCAUCUUGCCGUCAAUUCGAUCUACGCCUUACGGACGUCGCAUCCAGGCCAAAAUUCAGGCCUUCGAGGGUCGUGGCAGUGCUACCUCCAGUGGCCAGACUACUCCCGCCGACCCUAGCCAGGGUCAGAUUGCCCUGCGCCCGGGUCACAACCGUGCCAUGUCGAACAACACUUCGGUCAUUGCCUCUGGUCCCGGAGGCUCCUUCGGCAACGGCCUCAACGGCGGUCUAAACGGUGGCAUGGCUCCUCGUGGCAACCAAACCAACUAUCCCACGGCAUCCACCGUCACUGUGCCUCCCCCGGCUCCCCAGUCCCAGCGAAUGCAGCAGUACGGAUACGCCCCGCAGCCGCGCGUUGGCGGUACUGCUGCGGAGGCUGGUGCCGGUGGCGAGACAAGCCAAUGGUUGUAA